GGCACUGGCGCCAUGGUAACAAAACAUCGCCAUCUUGAUCAGUGCUUGGAUGCAAUUUUUAGUCGUGUGAAAGAUUUGUUGAGAAAUCAUUGAAAAUGCCGCCUAAAAAGAAGAAGAGUGGUAAGAAGAAGAAGUCGGCGAAGGCCAAGACUCCGACAGUUAUCGAUGGGAUCUCUACAGAAGAGAUGAGCAAAGAGCAGCUGGAAGAGCAUAUUGUGCGUCUCAGGGAAGAAUUGGACAGAGAGAGGGAAGAACGCAACUAUUUCCAGCUGGAACGCGACAAGGUGAACACAUUCUGGGAGAUCACCAAACGACAGCUGGAGGAGAAGAAGGCUGAACUCAGGAAUAAGGACAGAGAGAUGGAAGAUGCUGAGGAGAGACAUCAACUGGAAAUCAAGGUUUACAAACAGAAAGUCAAACACUUGCUGUAUGAGCAUCAGAACAACAUAUCUGAACUGAAGGCUGAGAGUGCUGUCCAGCUACGCCUUGCUCAAGAUGACAACAGGGCCAGUGAGAAGGACCUCCGUAAAGACAAGAGAGGGUUGAAGGUGGAGCUGAAAGAACAGGAGCUGUCACAUGAGGAUAUCAUUAAGAAUUUGAAGAAGGACCAUGAUGAGUCUGUAACAAACCUGAGACAAGACUUCGAGAGACAAGCUAGGGAAAUCGAAGCCAAAUACGAAAAGAAAAUGAAGACUUUGAGGGAUGAGCUGGACCUGAGGAGAAAAACAGAAAUUCACGAAAUUGAAGAACGCAAAAAUGGACAGAUAAACACACUGAUGAAGAACCAUGAAAAAGCUUUUAGUGAUAUCAAGAAUUAUUACAAUGAUAUCACACUGAACAAUUUGGCACUGAUUAACACACUCAAGGAACAAGUAGAGGAGAUGAAGAAGAAGGAAGAGAGGAUGGAGAAGCAGAUGGCAGAAGUAAUGGCAGAGAACAAGAGGCUGACAGAACCUCUGCAGAAGGCCCGAGAGGAGGUGGAGGAACUGAGGAAACAGCUGGCUAACUAUGACAAGGAUAAGCAGUCACUGGCAAAUGCCAAGGCCAGGCUGAAGGUUAUGGAGGAAGAAUACAAGUCUCUGCAGUGGGAGCAUGAAGUGCUAGAGCAGAGGUUUGGAAAGCUGCAAGGUGAAAGAGAUGAGUUGUACAGGAAGUUUGUGAAGGCAAUCCACGAGGUCCAGCAGAAGAGCAACUUUAAGAAUCUCCUGCUGGAGAAGAAGCUUGGCGCACUGGCUGACACCCUGGAGAAGAAGGAGGCACAGCUGAACGAGGUGCUGUCGGCCUCAAACCUGGAUCCCACAGCCCUCACAGUGGUCACUAGGAAGUUGGAGGAUGUGUUGGACUCCAAGAACAGCGCUAUCAAAGAUCUGCAGUAUGAACUGGCCAGAGUGUGCAAGGCCCAUAACGACCUGUUAAGAACAUACGAGUCCAAGUUAAACCAGUUUGGCAUACCAACAGAGGAGCUGGGCUUCAAGCCCCUGGAGAGCACAGUGGGAGGGCAGACUCUAGGACAGGGCCCUGCUGGACUGGUCUCUGCUCCUACAUAAUUAGUACUCUUUUACAAACUGAUGACUUUUUUAUCCACCAAUUCCUGUUACAUGGACAGCAUAUCUGUGAUCUCUAAUGGGAGCAUAUUUGACAGUUUUUUUUUUAAAUUCCUUUGGAGAGAGAAUAUUUAUGGCACCAAAGAAAGAAUAUAAGCAUGGGUUGUCACACGUUUGUCAUUGUUGUAACAAAGCCCAGCAGGUGAUUUCUGUUCUGUGGAAAAACCAGCGAUGGGUUACAUUUUAUUUUCUUUCUUUUUGAUAUCAGCAUUGAAUACACUUUGACGAGGCACAUUAUUCGGAGUGGAUACUGUUCAUUUUGGCAUCUGGAUGUUAUUUGGAUAAAACUUUAUGUUAAAAAGCACAGAGGCAUGUACAUUGCUAGUAAAAUGUAAAUUUAGGAACUGUAUGAAAACAAUAUCAGGUAUUGAAAGACGUGCCACAGUGUACCUAGUGUGAACUGACCCGAAUGUUUCUUUGAUUAUGUACGUCUUCAGGUGUAACUAGGAUGCUUCUAUUCUGGGAAAUACAGUAACUCAUUCAUGUACACAGAAAUGACUAGAUGUGUAUUGUACUUCAUGUAUAUAAUUUUUUUGUAAUGAAAACAAAUUGAAUA